AUGCGUCAUUUUUAUGACAUGAACAGUGAAAACAAUGAUGAUGAUGAAGGAAAAGAAGAAAUUGAUAAUGCAAACUAUGUAGGUGAAAAAUUAAUUCAUUCUAAACCAAAUGCCCGACAUAGUGAAAGUAAUUUGCAAAAACAUUCAGAAGACAUUCCAACAAAAAUCAAAUUAUCUUCGGAAGAAAGGUCGUUCAAAGAAGAUUUCAUGCGCCAUGGAGUAGUAGAAUUUCCGGGAUGUUAUAAAAUUGAUGAACCAGAAGUUCGACGCUUAGUGCAAGCUGGGACUAAAAAUGCAAAUGAUGACGAUGAAAAAAAGAUGAAUACCGAAAAUUCCUCUCAAGAUGAAGUUGACGACGAAAGCUUAAAGUUUGUACUGCGACCUGAUGAUUCUCAAAAAUUAGCAGAAUCAAUGAUCGGAAAAGUUGAGAGAACAGCACUGAUUGUAGACGAUGUUGAUUUGGAUUUGGAGAAAACUUUUGAAGAUUAUCAUAAUGAGUAUGUGAACAUUCUUGAGUACUUUUCUGAUUGA